CUCCGAACAUAAUCUUUGCGAGAAAUCGAUUUUGCAUCGUGCACAUAUCAUUCACGAUGCCUCCUUCAGCGUCAAAGCAGAAGCGGCUUGCAGAAAAGGCUGCGAAACAAUCCGCAAGGCAAAACGGCACUACUUCGACGUCCACUCCAAAUGACUCUGCACCAGGUAGCAUGUCCCAUACUCCACUCACCAGCAUAUCUGCCGCCACCAGUACGGAUGACCUUACAUCUAUGGCCAAGCUUCAGAUCGCCACCGAUCGGAGUGCAGCGGGCGUGCUGGUAUCAGACGUGAAAGGCAGAGAUAUUAAAAUCGAUUCUUUUACGUUAUCAUUCCAUGGUCGCCUGCUCAUCGAGGGUGCAGAGAUUUCCCUUAACUAUGGACAGCGCUAUGGACUAUUGGGUGAGAAUGGGUCUGGAAAGUCUACCUUCCUCCAAUCUAUCGCAGAGCGCGACAUUGAGAUUCCACCACAUAUUGACAUCUACCUCGUCAGUGGUGAGGCUGAACCCUCCGAUGUCAACGCCGUUGACUUUAUCGUGGCCUCCGCUCGCGAAAAGGUCGCUAAACUCGAAAAGCGCAUCGAAGAUCUCAGCAUCGCCGAUGACGUCGAUGACGCCGCCCUGGAGGCCGCGUACGAGGAACUCGAGGAGAUGGAUCCAAACACCUUUGAGACCAAGGCUGGCAGUAUCCUCCAUGGUCUUGGCUUCAGCCAGGCUAUGAUGGCCCGUCCUACAAAAGAUAUGAGUGGUGGUUGGCGUAUGCGUGUUGCCCUUGCGCGUGCACUCUUUGUUAAGCCACAUCUACUUCUCCUUGAUGAACCCACGAACCAUUUGGAUCUUGGUGCCGUCGUUUGGCUCGAAGCGUAUUUAUCAACAUACAACCACAUUCUCGUUAUCACAUCGCAUUCGCAAGAUUUCAUGGAUUCGAUCUGUACCAACGUCAUGGAUUUGACCAUGAAGAAGAAGCUAGUCUACUACACUGGUAACUACACCACCUACGUACGCACUAAGCAGGAGAACGAGGUCAACCAGAUGAAGGCAUACAACAAGCAGCAAGAAGAAAUCGCACACAUUAAGAAAUUCAUCGCUUCCGCUGGUACAUAUGCCAACCUCGUCAGGCAGGCCAAGUCCAAACAGAAAAUUAUCGAUAAGAUGGAAGCAGCUGGACUCAUCGAAAAAAUCGAGGCACCACGGCCGCUGCGCUUCCACUUCGAGGAUAUUCGCAAACUCCCUCCUCCUAUCAUUGCCUUCGAUGAAGUUGCCUUUUCUUAUUCGGGCAAGUCUGAAGAUUACUUGUACAAAAAGUUGUCGUUUGGUAUAGAUAUGGACUCUCGUGUAGCCAUUCUCGGUGCGAACGGUGCGGGAAAGUCCACGCUCCUCAACCUCAUCACUGGCGUUCUCCAGCCCUCUCAAGGCACCGUUUCCAAGCAUGCCGCACUAAAACUCGCCAAGUACAGCCAACACAGUGCGGAUCAGUUGCCGUACGACAAAAGUCCCAUCGAGUACUUCCAAUCGCUCUUCUUUGAGAAGUACCCCGAAAAGGACGCCAUGGCGUGGAGGCAGCAGCUCGGCCGUUUUGGCUUGAGCGGUGCGCACCAAACGAGCGUCAUCAAAAAUCUGUCGGACGGGUUGAGAAAUCGUGUGGUAUUUGCGCAGCUCGCGAUGGAACAUCCCCAUAUCCUGCUCCUUGAUGAGCCGACUAACCACUUGGACAUGGCUUCUAUCGAUGCGCUCGCGCUCGCAAUCAAGGACUUCGAAGGUGGCGUGGUGAUCGUGUCACACGACUUCCGUUUGAUCAGUCAAGUUGCCGAGGAGCUUUGGGAAGUCGCUGAUAAGACAAUCCGGAAUCUAACGAAGGAGGACAUCAGCAUUGUCGACUACAAGAGGAACCUUGUGAAGCACAGUGAGGCCCAAUUGGAAAAGGCCAAACUUAUCAGCAAGUCUGCCGCUAAGGGCAAGACGUAAUGAGUGUCCACAGCCCUGUUUCAUGUGUGCAUAUAUACAUACCGUACCGCGCCCCUUACAUGGGUUGUCUUGUCAUUAUCCUGCCAUUGUAGCCAUUU